AUGGCGCAGAUACGCGGCACAGCUGGCUACCACCUGGGCAACCAGUCCCCGUUUGGCAAUUCGGGGCGCAACGACGACAGCAGGAAUGACCCCAGUCCGCUCGAUCAAUUGAGGGCGCAGACGAGCAAGCUCGAGGACAUGCUGGACACUGUCGCCGACCCCAUCAAGCCAUACCUCCCUGGCAUUGGUCGCUUCCUCAUCGUCGUUACUUUCCUCGAAGAUGCGCUUAGAAUCAUCACGCAAUGGACCGAUCAGCUCACAUACCUCCACGACUACCGCCAUAUCUGGAACGGCGUAACGCAUCUCUUCCUCAUCACAAACAUCAUCCUCAUGAUAGUUUGCUCCUUCGGCGUCAUCUUCCGCAAAUACUCCGAAUUCAGCGUCGCGGGCCUCAUGGCUGUUGUCGUUUUGCAAGGAAUUGGCUAUGGACUCGUCUUUGACCUCAACUUCUUCCUGCGCAACUUGUCCGUCAUGGGCGGCCUGCUCAUGGUUUUGAGUGACUCGUGGGUUCGCAAGAAGUUCGCGCCUGCUGGUCUACCUCAGCUCGAUGAAAAGGACAAGAAGAUGUACUUCCAGCUUGCUGGACGUGUGCUGCUUAUCUUCCUUUUUGUCGGAUUCGUGUUCCGCGGUGACUGGGGUUUCUGGAGGAUUAUUGCUAGUCUGCUGGGACUUGUGGCUUGCAUCAUGGUUGUUGUCGGCUUCAAGGCCAAGUUCAGCGCCAUCAUGCUCGUUCUUAUCCUCAGCGUCUUCAACCUGUAUGUCAACAACUGGUGGACGCUGCACCCGCACCACCCCCACAAGGAUUUCGCCAAGUACGACUUCUUCCAAAUUCUUUCAAUCGUUGGCGGUCUCCUCUUGCUGGUCAACAUGGGCCCCGGACAGUUCUCUGUCGACGAGAAGAAGAAGGUCUACUAG